AUGAGGGCUGCUCAAUUCAACACUACCUUGAAUAAAGUUGAGGUUAAUGAGAUCCCGAUUCCCAAGCCGGGCGAAGAUGAUAUUCUGAUCAAGAAUGCUUGUGCAUCGUUGUGCCACUCUGACCUGAUGCUCUUCUGGGGACAUACGGCUGAGAAGCCCCCCAUGGAGAAAGUUACGAUCGGACAUGAAAAUACCGGCACGGUAGUUGCUGUGGGACGCAACGUGACAGGAUUCAAGAUAGGGGAUUUAGUCGGGUGUCUUGGGUGCAGUUACGCUUGCUAUGAAUGUGAGGGAUGCCAAGUUCAUAAUCUGCACUGCGAAAAGGGAACUGGUCAACUUCAUGGAUUUACGACUCAUGGGCAUUUUGCGGAAUACUCUCUGUCGGAUUACCGCAAUGCCAUGGUGCUUCCUAUCGGAAUGGAUCCGAGCACAGCGGCACCUUUGUUCUGUGCUGGAAUAACCGCAUAUCACGCAGUCAAAAAGUGCGAACUCAAGGAAGGAGACUGGAUUGCGAUCAUUGGGUGUGGAGGUCUGGGCCAUCUAGCAAUCCAAUAUGCCAAGGCGUUGAAGCUACGUGUCAUAGGAAUCGACAUCUCUGAAUCUCAACUAGAAUCGGCAAAGUCUCUUGGUGCAGACGCCGUCUUCAACUCAGCGAAGAAUCCGGACUACGCCGAGGAUAUCUCACGACUGACAGGUGGGGGUGCUCAUGCGGCGGUGGUUCUUAGUGCCUCUAAUGCUGCAUAUGGAAGCGCUCCCAAUGUGCUAAGGAUCAACGGUAUUCUCAUGGUCAUUGGUAUACCCAAAGAUAAUCUGUCAGUCAAUGCUCUGGACAUUCUCCUGGGAAAAUAUCGCAUUAUGGGUGCAAGCAGUGGUACGCCACAGCAAAUGCGUGAGCCCAUUGAGUUUAGCCAUAGGCAUGGUAUCAAGGCCCAUAUGACUACCUUCAACGAUAUCGCAGAUAUUCAGAAGAUGAUAGAUCUCAUGGAGAACGGCAAAACAGCUGGCCGGUUUGGUAUCGUCUUUUAG